AUGUUUGGAAUUAUUGUCCUCGGCCAGUAUAAUCCUUUGAUGAAGGCUAUGGGCUCGAUUGCUGCCAAACCAACGAGCCAGUUGCUCGCAUGUGCAACCGAAUCUUCUCUUUCCAGGUUGGUACAGAAAUCGGCAAAUGGUACCCUGCAAAAACUAGCACCAUACGACUGCAUUUCUGAAUACGCUUCAUAUUACCAGACCAAGUACGGCAGUUUGGUACUGAUCAUGGAGAACCUGAACAUGACCAACAGCAAUGUCUCUGUGCGCCCACCAGAGAGGAUUUGGACCGAUGACUUUGUUCUGUUGACUGUCGAGAGAGUGAUGGAUACUUCCGCAAAUGAAGUGCCUUAUGCAUGGAUGUGCGAUAAUUCUCUAGCAACUAUUACCGAGCGGCAGAACUGUCCUUCGAAGAUUUCAGAGAUGUCGCAAAUGCAAUCCCUUUCCAAUGACUGGAAGGUGCAUGGCAGAAAAGUUAACUACUGCUUGGCUGAAGCGCUGCCUCAGACGCGUACGCUCGAGUUUAGCUUUUCUUUGGCGCUGAUAGUGAUUAUUGCCAAUUUGGUAAAAGUGAUUGUGAUCGGUGUGACUGCGUCUCAUCUCAAGCGUGCUCCUCUUUUGACGACUGGGGGUGCGGUGGCUUCUUUUAUUAAGCGACCUGAUGAAGUUACAAAGGGCAAGUGCCUGCUCUCAAGAGGAUCUGUGUCAGGACCACGGACCAAAGAUGACCAACUCCGGUAUAACGAGAAGCCAAGACGGUGGCGGUCAUCGUUAUCAGCUCAACGAUGGACUGCCUGCUUUUUAUCAUAUGUACUUUGCCCGUGA